CCCUGCGGCACAGAAAACAAGGGCCUCACGCUUGCGCUGGGGGCGGGGUAGAGCGCGCUCGUCCAGCGGAGGAAAGAACGGUCCCCUGUAGAUUUUUUUUUCCUCUCUAGGAAAGAGAACUCUACCCCUAGGAGGUCCAGCCUCUAGGAGGCCAGGACGGUGCGUGAAAUUUUGGCGGGAACGAUUUGCAGCUUCUCCGCUGAGGCGCAAAAGCCCUGAGGGAGAAGAGCCCACUCCUUCUCCCCCGCCCACCCACGCCGUGAAACCGGGAAAGGGGCGGGGCAACUGGUUGGGGGAAGGGUCCGCCGUGACCGAAGGCGGCGCCCUCGGAGGGAGUUUCCCCCCGUUGGAGCUGCGCUGAAGCCGGAGACCGAAUGGAGGCACGCCGAAGGUCUCCCCUUCAUGCGGGGAGCGGUGCGGGAAGUGGCGGCCCGAGCGGCCUACCCGAGGGCCCCCGAGCGCUUUGCAGCCGCCUGCACCGGCUGUGCCGGGGGUGGCUGCGGCCCGAGCGGAGCAGCAAAGCCGAGAUGCUGGACCUGGUGGUGCUGGAGCAGCUGCUGGCCCUGCUGCCCCCGGAGCUGUCGGGCUGGCUGAGGGAGUGCGGGGCGGAGAGCUGCGCCCAGGCGGUGGCUCUGGCCGAAGGCUGCCUCCUCGGCCCCUCAGACUCCCCGGAGCCCGGCAAGGGGCGGCAGAUGCAGGAGCUGUUCACAGGAGAGAUCCCAGCAGAGCUACAGGAAAGACGAAAUCAAUGCAGUCCUUCUCAAGAGUUGCUUUUGGGGAGGCCCCAACUUGAGCCAUUUCAGCAGUGGUCUGAUCCCUUUGAGGCGGUCACUGUGGACUUCACAGAAGAGGAGUGGGCGCUACUGGAUUCUGACCAGAGAGCCCUGUGCACAGAAGUCACAUUGGAGGCUUUUAGGAAUAUUAUUGCCUUGGGUGAUGCAAUGGAGAAGGAGAAGCAGGAGUGGUUAAUGUCGCUACCAACAGCAAACUAUGAAGGAGAAGUGACAUUUGACCAUCAAACAAAUCCAAAAAAACAAGAGAGCAGCCACUCAGAAGAUGGAGUGGAAAAGUCCUACACAUCUCAUCAUUUCUUUUCUCUUACUUUACCUAAGAAUCUUUAUAGGAAACGCAAACCACGAAGUAUUGUGAAAUUGGGGGAGGGUACCAGUUUGGUUAGAGAAACUAAAAUAUGCACGAAAUGUGGAAAGAGCUUUAGUAGCAAUGCUAGCCUUAAUGGCCACCAAAGGAUGCACAUAGCUGAGAAACCAUAUAGUUGCGAGGAAUGUGGAAAGAGCUUUGCUUUAUUAGGAAAACUUAAUUCUCAUAAAAGGAUGCACACAGAAGAGAAACCAUAUAACUGCACAGAGUGUGGAAAGAGCUUCUGCAGCAAUGCUAGCCUUAAUGGCCAUCAAAGGAUCCACAUAACUGAGAAAUCAUAUAGUUGUGUGGAAUGUGGAAAGGACUUCCCUUUAAUAGGAAAACUUAAUGAUCAUGAAAGGAUUCAUACAGGAGAGAAACCAUAUAAAUGCACAGUGUGUGGAAAGAGCUUCCAUUUCAAGCCUAGUCUUACCCGUCAUGAGAGGAUCCACAGAAGGGAGAAAAAAUAUAGGUGCAACAAGUGUGGAAAGAAAUUCUUUGAGAACAGAGAGCUUACCAUCCAUCAAAGGGUCCACACAGGGGAGAGACCGUAUAAAUGCCUGGAAUGUGGAAAGAGCUUUUUUGACAACAAAGUUCUUAUUCGUCAUCAAAGGAUCCACACCGGGGAUAAACCCUAUCAAUGUCUGGUGUGCGGAAAGAGCUUUAGUCAGAUAGGACAUCUCAAUUCUCAUAAAAGAAUCCACACAGGGGAGAGGCCCUACAAAUGUAUGCAGUGUGCAAAGAGCUUCCGUUCCAAAAGUUCUCUUAAUCGCCAUGAGAGGAUCCACACAGGGGAGAAAAAGUAUAGCUGCAGAGUGUGUGCAAGGAGAUUCUUUGAGAACAGAACCCUUGCUAUCCAUCAAAGGAUCCACACAGGGGAGAGACCCUAUAAAUGCCUGGAGUGUGGAAAGAGCUUUAUUGAGAAAGGAAAACUUAAUUUUCAUACAAGAGUCCACACAGGGGAGCAACCGUAUAACUCUAUGGGGUAUGGAAAGCAGAAAGAAAAUCUUACUCAUGAAAGAAUCCACACAGGAGAGAAACCCUAUAAAUGUGCAGAAUGUGGAAAGAGCUUCUUUAACAAGACUGGUCUUAAUGGCCAUCAAAGGAUCCACAUAACUGAGAAACCAUAUAGUUGUAUGGAAUGUGGAAAAGCCUUUGCUUUAAUAGGAAAACUUAAUUCUCAUGUAAGGAUUCACACAGGGGAGAAACCAUAUACAUGCACAAUGUGUGGAAAGAGUUUCCACUUUAGGGGUACUUUUAAUCGUCAUGAGAAGAUCCACAGAGGAGAGAAAAAGCUUAGUUGCCAGGAAUGUGGAAAGAGAUUCUUUGAGAAGGCAGCUCUUACUAUCCAUCAAAGGAUCCACACAGGGGAGAGACCAUAUCAAUGCCCAGUGUGUGGAAAGAGCUUUUUUGACAACAAAGUUCUUACUCGUCACCAAAGGAUCCACACAGGGGAGAGACCGUAUAAAUGCCUGGAGUGUGGAAAGAGCUUUACUCAGAAAGGGCAUCUUAAUUCCCAUAAAAUAACUCACACAGGGGAGAGGCCCUAUACAUGCACAGAAUGUGGGAAAAACUUCAGUUUCAAAAGUUCUCUUAAUCGCCAUGAGAGGAUCCACACCGGAGAAAAAGCUUACCCAAAGGGAGUGUGGAAAGAGAUUGAGAGCAGAGCCCUUACUAUCCAUCAAAGGAGCCACGUGGCAUAAACUCUAUAAAUGCCUGGAGUGUGGAAUUAGGUUUAGUCAGAAAGGCCAAGUUAUUUCUCAUAAAAGAAUCCAUAUUAUGGAGAUACCAUAUACAGCUAGUCCUCAACUGUUCAUUUAAUGGCCAUUCAAAGUUACAACGCACAAAUGAAAUAAAAGGAGAAAAGUUGCCUGACACCAGUUUUCACUCUUAAGACCAUUGCAAAAUCCUCAUGAUCAUGUAAUCAAAGUUCAGAUGCAUGGCAACUGGUUCAUAUUACCAUUGUUGUGUCCCAAGAUCAUGUGAUCACCUUUUGCAACCUUCUGACAAGCAAAGUCAAUGGGGAAGCCAGAUUCAGUUAACCACCAGCUUACUAACUUGCUAACUGCAACGAUUCACUUAAUGGUGGCCAGAAAGGUCGUAAAAUGGAGCAAAAACUAAGAAAUGUCUCAUUUAACAGAAAUUUUGGACUCCAUUGUCAUAAGUCAAGUAUUUUCAUUUAUUAUUCUUGCGGCAUCCAGGGUCAUGUGAUUUCCAUUUGGAAACUUACAAACAAGCACAGUCAACGUGGGAAAGCAGUUUCACUUAACAACCACAUGUAUGGUUGUUAACUGACCGAUCAUACUUGAGAACAGCAGUGGUUUGAUGAAUGAUUGUGGCAUAAAAGGUUGCAAACUGGGUAACAAGUGACUUAAUUGCCUUACUUAGCAAUGUUGGACUCAAUUGUGGGUAUAUGUUGAGAACUACCUGUAUUACUGUCCUUCAAUCUAAAAUAUUAAAAAAAACUUGAUUUCAUUAAUUGAUUUUGUUGGUGGAGAGAGGUGCUUGUACCCCAUGAGCAAAUUAUGUUCCUCCUGAAAUUUGAAGCCUUUAUAACAGCAUUUAAGCCACUUAUAAAGCAGAGCUUCCAGCUACUCUAAAUGUGAUUUUGACCCAUAAUAAGGGUCAAAUAAUGUCCUGGUUUUUUUUCCGUGCUCUUUGUAUGGAUUGGUGAAUAUUAUUAUACAUUAUUGCAUUUGAUUUCAUUAUUAUGGAGUAGUGCUCCACUAUUUUCUGACUUUAAUUGUCCAAAAAUGGAAGUCGUGUUUUUUUUAAACUUGUUUUAAUCUGCAGAAUUACGAAGUAAUUGGAGAUGUUAAAAUGCAAACCUGCGUAGAGUAAAUAGCCAAACAGGACUGCCACUCACUCUUUAAAAAUCACCUGGGCCUUGGCAUAUAACCUUGUAUGCAGCAGAUUAGCUAAUAAGACUAUAUUGGACUGGUGGCAUUCAUAGUUUUAAAUCUUGCCGAACCGCCUGACAAGGAAUUGUUACUAUUCCUUAGCUGCAGACAAAAGAGAUUCAUUUGGUCUCACCACUAGAAAUUAAAUAACCAAAUCCAAUAGUCUUAUUGAUAUAACUAAAAAACGAGAGAAGGGGUUUUUUUGGCAUGCAGUUACACAGAAUGAAGCAUAAGAAUAAGUACAUUCAAAUUUUGGCUGCAUUUGUUGUAAAUCUUAAAGUCUUUGUUAAUGACACCCCAAGGAGCUAGAAGCUGCUUUGGAUGAAAUUUCAAAGUUACAAUGAAAAAAUGAAAUAAAAUGACGAACGUGAUUUAGACCAAUUUUCAUGCUUCAUGAUUGUUGCAACAUCCCCAUGAUCACGUGAUUAAAAUUCAACUGACAUGCAUUUAUCGUGGUUGCAGCAUCCAGGGUCAUGUGAUCUCCAUUGGUAAAUUUCCACCAAGCACAGUUAAUGGACAAAGGCAGAUUCACUGAACAACCAUACAUAUGGUUGCUAACUGAACAACCAUACUUGAGAACCCUAGUGAUUUUAUAAAUGAAUGUUGUAUAAAAGGUUCCAAACUAGGGCACGACUCAAUUAUCUAUCUAUCUUAGCAACGGAAAUGUUGGGCUCAAUUGUGGGUGUAAGUUGAGAACUACCUGUAUUUCUGUCCUUCCCUUUGAAAUAUCAAGAGUUGAUUCCAUUAACUGAUUGUGUUGGGGGGGGGGGUGUUAAUUCCUAAUGAGUAUUUUUUUUGUUUCCUGAAAUCUCACUAAUAAAGCAGAA